CUGGACUCCAUUAUUCUGUCAGAGUGAGUAAACAGAAGUCGCUUAUAUUUUGCCAAGAUUGCAGAAUUAUGACUGUUCAUGGCAGUGCUUGUCUUUGAUGGAUGAAGAGCUGUGGGUCAAUGAGGCCGUCAAAGAUAAAAAUGUUCCACUGCGCUCAUUCUUGGGUGUUAUGAUCAAGAUUUUAGCUUUAAAUUGCCCAUCUCGACUUCUCCAAAAUGUUCAGCAAAGUAGGAUCAGACAAAAAUAAAUUUCUGGAACAGGCGAAGGCUGCUCGUCUGGAAAGAGCCCAAGAUCGCAACCGAGAGGAGGCAGCUGUUAAACUUCAGGCUGGCAUUCGAGGAUUUCUUACACGACAAAGGGUCAAAAGAACCUUCCGAGAGGAAGUUGACAGCUUCUUGCAGAUUCCUCCGCCAGAUACUGAGUACAAACCCACUCUCAAACCUGCUAUUGAGACAUUCCACGUCGUCAAAAAACUUCACUUUGUUCAUGAUGUUCACUCAGAGGGAGACCAAAAGAGAUUUGAGUUUAUGUGUCGUUACAUCUUGGCUUCUAUGGACACUGAUUCACUUAAGAAUUGCUAUGUUGCUGUGUCUUUCAACAAAAACCUGACCUUGUUAUGGAUUGCCCAACUCAAAACUGUCUUAUGGACGUGUUGUCAGUAUUUUUAUUCUCUGAGGCCGGAAAAUCACAAAGACCUACGAACUAUAAUGGUUUUCUUGAGGAUGCUGGUUACUUUCACAGCUCACAAUAACUGGGUGGCCUUCAAGGACAAGGAAGCUUUGCAUCCCGGCUUUACCAAGCUAUGUGAUAAUGUGAUGGGUGACCUGAACAGCAGAGGUCUUUAUACUGCCCUAGAGGCACUUCUGAGAAAAGGAUUGUGCAGGUCAAAACCAGCAUUCAACAAAGCCAGUCUCACAGCCAUCAUCACCAUUUCUCUCAGACCUCUGCUGUCUGCCAACUUUUCCAACAAUCUCCUGAGUAUUUUCCUGCUCCACAUCCUGUCUGUGCCAGCGGUGGUGUACUACAUCAACACAAUCGCCCAGGACUGCGUGGCUACCUUGGUGACCCACCGGGUGUUUAAGAGAUGUUUGGAUCUUCUGACCAUCGAGCAGAGCACAAGGAUCAUCUUUAACUCUCUGGAGGGGAACUACGCGCUUUGUCUUAUGGCAAAUCUGGUCCAACUUGGCUAUGUUGAAAUGGAGGGUUUGGUUGAAAAUACAGUUGAUUUUAUGACUGUGAUGAUCCGUCUCCUGGAGAACUGCAACAAAUACGUACAGAACAAGAAGUCCAACCUUACUCACUGGCACCCGGUCCUUGGAUGGUUUUCCCAGAAGACGGAUCAGAGCUUGCAUGAGUCCAUGCCUCUGGUGGUCCGCCAGCUGCAGCUGUUGUGGAGUGACCGCAUGAUCCGGCUGAUGUUUGCCGUGCUGCUAGAGUACACGGAGACCAGCCCUGUGCCGGACUCGCAGUCUGUGUCCUCCAAGAAGAACAACAUUCUGAAGAAAGCCCUGAUCAAGGCCUCCUCCAACAAGCUCUCCUCCUCUCAGCGUAUCAAACUGGACAGUGGUAUUGCCUUCAGCACCUGCCUCCCGUGCUCGCUGUACCGACACGCGGUCACCACACUCACGCAACUCUCCAUGGACAUCCUAGGAGGUCUGGCCUACAACAAUGUUCUCCUGCCGAUCCUGUGGCGGUUUCUGUGUGACCUUGGCCCGCACUGCGGCCUCAAGACUUUCAUCGACCUGUUGUCGCAAGCCCCAGGGUCUACAAUCCAUCCAGUCUUCAGCCUGCUCUCCCUCUUCUGUGAGACGGCUUCACACAUGAUCACGACGUUGGAUGUGAUUGAGAUGCUGGAGCAGCAGAAAGUCUUUAAGGUGGCCGACUAUGUGAAGAUGGGAGAGUUCUUGAACCUCUUUGUCUUCCGCGUCAUAUGGGGAGGAUUGAUUAGCAUCGAACAAGCCCCUACCUCCAAUGUCUUCACCUCUGCACUGAACUUACUCAUGAUCCUACAUGAGCGAGACAGCCGGAGAAGUUUUGCCCCCACCAACCACUGGCUCAUCAGGGAAGUGAAACCGAGUCACUUUAUGGACGAGCUGGAGAAGGAGAAGAAGACAGCCAAGUUUCUCAUGCAGAGAGUUCCUCACAUCAUUCCAUUCAACGAGCGUGUAAUUAUUUUCCGGAAAAAUGUUUUGCGGGACAAAGAAAACCUCCGCUUGCUGGAGUCUGCUCACACCUCCGUACAGUCAACGCUAAUCACCGUUCACCGGAUACGUAUUGUCGAGGAUGGUUAUCGGCAACUAGCUCAGCUGCCCAGCAGAGCUCUGAAAGGAGUGAUCAGGGUCAGGUUCAUCAAUAUGAUGGGACUGGAAGAGGCAGGGAUAGAUCAGGAUGGAGUCUUCAAGGAAUUUCUUGAGGAGACCAUCAAACGUGUCUUUGAUCCUCACCUCAACCUAUUCAAAGUGACCAGCGAGCAGAAGUUGUAUCCAUCGUCCACCUCCUACCUACAGGAGAGUCACUUGGCCUUGUUUGAGUUCAUUGGGAAGAUGUUGGCUAAGGCAGUCUAUGAGGGUAUCGUUGUGGACGUGCCAUUUGCCCCGUUUUUCCUGACCCAGAUUCUGGGCCACCUUCAAAGUGCCACCUACAGUUCUUUAGACGAACUGCCCUCUCUGGACAUGGAGCUAGCAAAGUCUCUGUCGUAUAUCAAGCACUACGACGGGGACGUAAGUGACCUUGAGUUGACCUACUCGUGUGAUGAGGACAUUCUGGGUCAAGUCGUGACGCAUGAGCUAGUGCCGGGAGGAAAGGCCAUACAGGUCACAGACGAGAACAA